AUUCACAGUCCGCCUGUAAACUCUCCUUUAAAUAGUGGAAGUGAAAUUAGAUAGUUAGAUAGUUUCUCACUCCAUUCAAAUUGUAUCCAGCUCAUCUGGAAGACAUGGAAGCUUCGUACAGUUAUGAGGACUACAAGGAGACCGCAGACUGGUUGCUGGCCCAUGCAAACAAGCAGCCGAAAGUCGCCAUCAUUUGUGGGUCGGGCUUAGGCGGCCUUGCUGACUUGCUGGAGGACAAAAUAGCUUUUCCUUACCAGAACAUUCCACGUUUCCCGACUAGCACCGUGGCAGGCCAUGCUGGUCAACUGGUCUUUGGGAAGCUGCAGGGCCAGGAAUGUGUCUGCAUGCAGGGCCGAUUUCACUUCUAUGAAGGCUACAACCUACAAACUGUGACGUACCCUGUGCGAGUCUUCUCCCUGAUGGGUGUGAAAAGUCUGAUUGUGACAAAUGCAGCGGGUGGACUUAAUGGCAACUACAAUGUCGGUGACAUUAUGGUCAUUAAAGAUCAUAUUAACCUGCCAGGUUUUUGUGGACAGAAUCCUCUGAUUGGGCACAAUGAUGACAGUUUUGGAGUGCGUUUUCCUUGCAUGUCGGACGCCUAUGACCGUGACCUGAGAACUUUGGCUCUUCAGACUGCAAAAGAACAGAACUGUGGCAGCUUCCUGCAAGAAGGAGUUUACUGUGUGGUUGCCGGACCCACAUAUGAGACCAUUGCAGAGUGCAAGGUUCUGCAGAAGUUUGGGGCUGAUGCCGUUGGUAUGAGCACAGUCCCAGAAGUGGUGGUCGCUCGACAUUGUGGCUUGCGUGUCUUGGGUCUUUCACUGAUCACCAAUAAGGUUGUGACAGAAUAUGACAGCAACAACAAAGCAAACCAUGAGGAGGUGCUAGCGGUCACCAAGCUCCGAGCCCAAGACCUCCAGAGGAUUGUCAGACACCUUGUCACAAAGAUCUAGCGCCUUAAAUUCAAAUCUGAUUGCACGAGAAGAAAAGUUUCCAAUCUUUUGCUAUUGCAAUGAGAUAGUCAUAUUCUGUUCUUCAAUUAGUAUUCAUUCAUUUUGGCAAGGUCAAUUAUAAACAGCAAUGUAAAAAAAAGGAAAACAAGAGGGCACUUAAAGUUUGGGUAAUGGCAAUCAUUGGCAAUCAGAUCAUACGAUACCAAUACCCAUCCAUCCAUUUUACAUUGUAUUAAUUUUAAUUAAUUAAGAUCAAAUAAGAACAAUAAUGAUAAUACUUUAUUAACACCAACAUAUAUUACAUUUCAACCACUACUGACUUAAGACUUGAAUCUGGUCCCAAAGCGCCACUCAGUGGCUGCCCUCUGUUCCUUAUUGAGUAUUAGGACAACUGUCAUGUAAAAUGAAUGCAUAUAGUAGUACAUAUCCUAUAUGCAUAGCACUUUCUCAAUUAUUUUCUGCCAUGCCUCCUGUCAUUUAUAAAUCAACUGCAUUCAUCUUGUCUUCUCAAAUAACUAUGUUUAAAAUUCUUGUGUUCAGACAAAUCUUUUUUUGGGUAAGACAGGUUUCUUAACUGUUGACAGUUUCGGCUGACAUUUCAGCCUUCGUCAGAGCUGUCGUAGCUUCCUGGUGUGACGUGUCUAAAUACAGCUGACCGGGUCAGAAAAACAUUAAAAAUAAAGUUUCCAUAUCCGCCCUGGCACCGCCAAUGAAGAACAGCGACCCAGGUGUGCGAAAGCAUGUAAGCCCCCUCGUCCCUGUUCAUGGUGUUGGCCCCUUGCUUCCUGAUUUCCGUAGCCUCCUUGAUCCAUCUCUUGUAUUUGUUUGUUUUUGAUUAUAUGACUUUUCCCUUGUCCCAGUCCAUGAGGUGAUUGUUGCUACUGCUGUGGUCUGUUAUAGCAAUUUUUUUUUCUUGUUCUGCUGAUUGUUUUUGUGUUCUGGUGAACUUUGCAACAGUCUCCUUCUCGCAUUCGUUUUUUUGUCCUUUUUUUCGGGUGCUGAAGGAUCGUCCGGUCUUUCCAGUAUUAGUUUUAUUGCAUGAUUUGCAUGGGAUUUCAUAGAUGACGUCACAUUUUCUAUCCUUUGUUAUAGUGUCUUUUGGGUGUACCAGUUGUUGUCGUAGUUUUUUUUGUGGGGUAUUACUGCUGUGUUUAUUUGAAACUGUUUUCAUGGUGCUGUCAUUUUAAGGCACUCAUACUGAAGGUCCCAUCUGCAUUUCACACCCUCUGACACCUCACCGCGUACCCAAUCAUUGAACAACCUCUCAUAUGCAGCUGGUGCUCCCGAAUAGUUAUUGCCUUCACAUGAACAAAUGCUUCUGUUAGCAAUGUAUAAACAAAACAUUUAACAAUGCAUUUUUGGAACAAAGGAAACAGAGUCUUAGAAAAGGGAUCUUUUUAUUGCAGCUUUUUUCCCCCUUGGCCCUCAGUAUAUUCUAAGAAUAUGAUUAUAACUGAGAUAUAUUUGUCUAUAUUGCACUAAUUUGUGUUGUCACCUAACACAGAGCUAAGAUGAGGAUUCAUGUACGGACAGCUUCACAUACCGAUGUUGAAUACGUUGGAAAUGGAUGAAAGUGGGCUCCUCUACCCAUCAAUUGUUUUUAUUCUGCCCUCAGUGGAACACGUUUGGACAACCCUGUCCUAGAAACCCUGAAAUAUGGUGCCCAAUUUUUGUUUAUGUUGUGGAGAUUUGCUAUUGUCAUUUUCAAUUAAUGUAAAGUUUAACUACGAAUCAAAAUAUAUAUAUAUUUUUAAUCAAACUUAUGUACCGUAUUUUUUGGAGUAUAAGUCGCUCCGGAGUAUAAGUCGCACCGGCCGAAAAUGCAUAAUAAAGAAGGAAAAAAACAUAUAUGAGUCGCACUGGAGUAUAAUUCGCAUUUUUUGGGAACAUUUAUUUAAAUGAUAAUAAUGAUAAAUGGGUUGUACUUGUAUAGCGCUUUUCUACCUUCAAGGUACUCAAAGCGCUUUGACACUACUUCCACAUUUACCCAUUCACACACACAUUCACACACUGAUGGAGGGAGCUGCCAUGCAAGGCGCUAACCAGCACCCAUCAGGAGCAAGGGUGAAGUGUCUUGCUCAGGACACAACGGACAUGACGAGGUUGGUUCUAGGUGGGGAUUGAACCAGGGACCCUCGGGUUGCACACGGCCACUCUUCCACUGCGCCACGCCGUCCCUUGAUAAAACCCAACACCAAGGAUAGACAAUUUAAAGGCAAUUUAAAAUAAAUAAAGAAUAGUGAACAACAGGCUGAAUAAGUGUACGUUAUAUGACGCAUAAAUAACCAACGGAGAACGUGCCUGGUAUGUUAACGUAACAUAUUAUGGUAAGAGUCAUUCAAAUAACUAUAACAUGUAGAACAUGCUAUAUGUUUACCAAACAAUCUGUCACUCCUUAUCGCUAAAUCCGAUGAAAUCUUAUACGUCUAGUCUCUUACGUGAAUGACCUAAAUAAUAUUAUUUGAUAUUUUACGGUAAUGUGUUAAUAAUUUCACACAUAAGUCGCACCCCCGGCCAAACUAUGAAAAAAACUGCGACUUAUAGUCCGAAAAAUACGGUAUAUAAUUACUGACGAAAGCAUACAGUUUGUAUUAAUCUUGAAUUGUCUUUGUGCAAUAAAGCAUUGAU